UGUUUCCUCACUCAGACUGCCGGUCUCCCUGCAAGGCAACUGGCGGGAGGGAUUCCCCUGCUCGUCGCCUCUCAGUCUUCCCCGUUAAAAACAGCCUCCAAUCAGUCACAACUAGCCCCAUUUUUUUUCUUUUCUUUUCUUUCUUUUUCUUUUUUUUUUGCUUUUCUUUUCCACCGGCGCGCCCAAUCUAGCGGCGGCAUGUCCCGGAGCCAAAGUGCGGCGUGCGGUGCGGAGAAGAAACUUUGAAACAUUUCUGACGAGGGGAUUUUAUUUCUACCAGAUCCAGUGCAGUCCGCGGCAAGAAGAAUUAGAGUCGAUUCUAACUGAUGAGGCAGCCUCCAAAUGACGUCGAGAUGGCUUGUGGCACGCUUCUCCCAUCUAUUUCCACGUUUGCCAGCGGACCAACUGACAAGAGCAGAUCCAUAGGAGGUGCUUAUCUGAAAUGGAAGGAGGAGUUGUCCCAUCUUAAGAGACCAAGUGUGCCAGAGAGAAGCAGCUGCUGCAACCCAGACCACCCUACAGCCACCAGCAUAACAAGCACCAGCAUGUCCAAGAAGGAGACUGAGCCAGAUCUGGACUUGGACUAUGAUUUUAUUUUGUCCAAUUCCAUCUUGCAGCAGCAGCAGCAACAGCAACAGCAGGAGGACGCCAUGGGGUGCAGCUCUGCCCAGGCCAUGUCAUCUUCCCCAGGUUCCUUCACCUCAUCUUACCAACUUCCUUCCCCUCAAGACACUGCCAGUGAGCUGCUCUACACCAUCCCAGACAUCAGUGACGUUUCGCCCUCUGGAGGCUUUGUGGCAGAACUCAUGAGGCCUGAUUUGGACCCAGCAUACCUCCACCUCCCUAGCCUCCAUGGCAAGUUUGUAGUCAAGACAACAAUGGACAUGGGAGAGUACAGCCAAAGCAUGACUGUAGGCAAGGCCUGCGUCGGCUCGGCAUCGGACUCUGCUCCGUCACGGGUCUCGCCGUCCUUCGUGUGCAGCCGGAUAAAGCAGGAGAACCCCAGUAACUGCACCAUUUCACAGCCUAUAGACCUGCACUUGGCAGGGGUGAACACUCAUGGCCGGGCAGGCCAGCAACAGCGCCCCAGCAACUUGGAUCUUCAUGCAUUUCCAGGGAAUGGGAGGACCAUGACCAGCACUAGAUUAUCUUCAUCCUCUUCCCUUUCUCCAGACAACCCUCUUGGCCGGGAGCACCAGUUGGGCCACCCUCUCUCGCAGAUCCCGCUACCUCCGCAGGGGUACCACCAUGGUACCUCUCAGGGCUACACCUCCUACCCUCAGGGCUCAUCCAUGCAGUACCCAGAGGGUCUCAUGAUCUCCAGCGGGGACUGCUUGCCCGAGGAGCCGAAGCCCAAACGCGGUAGGCGCUCCUGGCCCAGGAAGAGGGUGGCGACGCACACGUGCGAUUACGUUGGCUGUGGCAAAACGUACACAAAGAGCUCCCACCUGAAAGCACACCACCGCACACACACAGGGGAGAAGCCUUACCACUGCGACUGGGAGGGCUGCGGCUGGAAGUUUGCACGUUCCGAUGAGCUCACUCGCCACUACAGGAAACACACGGGUCAUCGGCCUUUCCAGUGUCAGAAAUGCGACCGGGCCUUCUCCAGGUCGGACCACCUUGCUCUCCACAUGAAGAGACACCUAUGAGACGCAGACAAGACGACAAAAGCUGAAGGCCACAGUGUAUAUAUAUAUUUAUAUAUAUAUAUAUAUAUAUAUAUAUAUAUAUAUAUAUAUAUCUGUCUGCAGAAUCCCGAACAUUAUUUUUUUUUUUUUACCAAAACUUGCCUUCAAGCUGACGUCGACCAGCAAGACACGCUGUGGUGUUCAUGGCACAGAGAAAAAAAAAAAGCAUUACUCCUUUAAGAGCCCCUCUCACGUUGUGCAGGUGACUCGACGAGGACUCUCAGCCAGGGUUGCAAAACUUUAUUAAAAAAAAAAAAAAAAAAAAAAAAAAAAAAGGGACCAAACUGGAAUUUGUCUUAUUUAACCGACAAAACUUGGUGGACCAGGUGCCAGCGGAUUUUAACUGGAAAAUUCAGGGAAACCAGGAGCAACAGACAAAGCAUCUCCAGAGGCCUUCUAGCAGCGAGCAACACACCUCCGCAGACUUUACUCCUAAGACACACUGUUAAAACAAACUGUAUUAAUAAACACAGCGAUAUUUAUCAUCCCAUUUCACCUGAAAUGCCAUUUAUUAUCAGGUACAAUGUUAAUUUAUACAGAAUGGUGCUGAGUAAUAGAGAAGGUUUCUUUUAGAAAAAAAAGGUACCAAAGAUGAUGGAAAACAGAUAAAAAAAAAAAGGGUGAAGCAAUGAAAAUAAAAGUGCCAUUUAGUUGUUUGUGUUUUCUUCCAAAAAGUAUGACUUCAGGUGAACACUUUCUAAACAGCGAUGGCAAUCUACAAUGCACUGCAGCUGCAAAGUGCAAUAAUUUAUAUGAAACAUUCAUAUUUUUGUAUUGAACGAGUAACUCUGAACAAAGAUUUUGUUUUUGUUUAUAGCCAAAAUAUGUAAUAUAAUGUUUAACUUUGUACAUUUGUACAUAAAAAUGUUUUGUUAUUGUUUUGUAUUUUACAGUAUAAUGAAAUAAAAAUGUAUUUGAACUAAGAAAUUCAAGGUGGCAUUUAUACUCUUUGCUAAUUCAAAUUCAUGAUGAGACGCAUGUGGUUACUAAACAUUUUGCGAAACUGCAGCAGAGCAGCACAUUUAUAUUUGAAAUGGCAGCGGUGACUCAGAGUCGCAUCCUACACAAUAUAAUGGUCCCAUAUGAAGAGUUAAACCAGUACAAUGUUGCCAUUUAAAACGUUUUCGCGUUUCUGCACGUUUUUUUCCUUCCACCUGUCAGAAGAAAGAAAAGGAAACGGUACAUUCAAGGAUGACACCAGAUGUGAUUGGUGCUCUCUGCUGAGACAAUAUGAAUAAAAACACAGUGAAGCUAGAA